AUGAACACAAUCCGACUGCUGGCACUGACACCAUGCCAGGUUCGGAACAAGGUGGCCGACAUCCUGCACAAGACGGUGACGGGCGGUCUCGUGCUGAUCACGGUCGUUACACUCGCCGACGUGACGCGUGGCUUCGGUGUGCUGGUCAAGCGCAACGUCGACAGACGGGCGGCGCACGCAGCCACACAGCAGCAGCAGCAGGAACCGAGCAACGUCGACCACUGGGACUAA